AUGAAGCCGUCAAUUCCUCCUCCGACGAUGAUCAAAUAUCUCAGAAGAUACCAAUCGGCGCAGCCCAUUCCUGUCAUGGCUGAAGAAAUUGUUUCCGCGUUUGACGAUCUGCAGAAGGACGAUUCGAAUAAUGAGAAACUGGUGGAUAUUGUCCGCAGCCACUAUGAGAACAGCCUCAUCUCCCUCUCGUUCUGCUCAACUCUCCAACGCCGUGUCAACACUAUUCCUCCUCCCCUCUUUCACAAAUCCUUCCGUGAUAAUUUAUCCCGUAUCGUUACAGACCACUCCACGAUAGAGACUACGCUUAAACCGAUGCACGAUGGCUUCGUCAAGGACCUCGAUAGCAUCGAUUUCUCCCAGAAGGUGUCUGCCUUUUUCUUCGUCGCAGCGGUCAUAAUCUGCACGGUCGCGAGUGCGAUUGCUACUGCAAACGCCAAUCCCGGGUGGGCAUGGGCGGCAGUGGCUGGGGUCGCGACGGCUGCCCCCACGGCCUCUAUCGUGUUUGGAGCGCUCGGAAAAUGGCGCCAUUCAGUACUCAACAAGAGUGAGACUACAAUAAAGAAACAAAGGGAGAUCACAACACGUAUGAUUCAGGCCGCCGACUGCGGCAUAAAAGAUCUCAAAUCCAUCGAAAUGGUAGCGAAAAGGCUGGAGUCUGAGACCAAAUCUUUAUCCCGGAAGAAAGUGGCGGCCGUGAAAAGGAGAUCGGAUGAAUUAUUACAAAAAGUUAAAAACUACAAUGAUGAGAUCAAGUGGGUUAAACAAAGAGUGCUUGAUAUUAUUAUCAAGCCCUAA